AUGGUGAACCGUCAUCUGUGACGCUGCGUCAGUUGGAACAAGACACCGGUUUGUUCAUAAACAACUAAUGUUCCCCCGCAGUUUUUUCUAUAGCAAUUAAUUACAAUAAUUACCAUGAGUUCAUCGUUGGUAGCUAAGGUGCUUCGCACAACAGCUAAAAUUGAAGCAGCAGAUUUGAAAGACAAGAUCAGUGAAAUCCAGAAGGAGAUAAUCCUUCUGAAAACCGAUGUGAAUCAAUUCAUCGAUGAUAACUACGUAGAUUUUCUGGCGAAAGUGGAGAAGGAUACAAUUUUGAUAGAAAGGGCUGACAAAUUGGUGGAUAACAUGAAAGGAUUGAAGAACAGGAUAGAGGAUCAGAUAAAAGUGGAGCUCUCAGGUUCCACCAAAGAAUUGAAAAGUCUAUCUCAAGCCCUGGAGGCUUCCAACCUCAGCCUGGACCUUUCCUCUCAACUCCUAGAGUUGCACACCUCCCUAAAAACAGUAGAUAAACUACAACAAGAGAAGCGUUACGUGGAAGCAGCAAGAGUGUUCAAAAGAAUGCAGAGAAUCCUGAACAAGAGAGAAGACAACGAUCUGAAAUUGUUGAACAUAUACCCUCCCAUCAGGGACUGUUACUUCACUGCCUACAGUACAUUUUUAUCGACAAUCAAGGGAAUAUGGGAGCAGACGGUUUGCUGGAGUGAUCACCAAGGCUCGGAGCCAUCUUCAAAAAGUAAUAAAGACAAUUCAAUCAGUUUAAGGAUCGACUGUCAGCCAAAACAGAUGCAGGACCUCCUGCAAGCUCUGCAUUACGCCGAGGAGCUCUCCCCCAGUCUUCAGUUCUUCUGCACAAAAAUCCUCAAACGAUUCAUCAUUCCUAUCAUCCAUUAUGAUUGCUCGGUCUAUGUUGCUGAGAAAACAGUGUUCAAUGUGAAUGUCUUGAAUGAGAAACAGUCGCCCACGUACAAGAGCACUCUUCAUAAUUUGAAGCUGCUGUUUCAAUUCCUGAAUCAACAUUUUCAGUGCAAUGUUGAGGAGAAAACGUUCAUUGGACUCAUCAGUGGACAAUUGUUCGAGAGGCUCGAGGAGGAGUUGAUAAAGAAUUGUGUCUCCAAGACUAUUCCUGAUUCCAGUGCUGAGCUGCAGAAUUUUAGAGAGGUGGAGGAGAAUGUACAGGAGUUUGAGAAUUAUUUGGUUGAGAUUGGAUUCGUUCGACCUGAGGAAUUGUUCCUCUCUCAAUACAUCAGCAAUAUCGAUCAUUUAUACAUCGAUAAAAAGUGUCAAGGGCUGCUAAACACUGCUAGAGAAAUAAUGAAAAAAGAUCUGCACGACGCCUUCAAAUACGAACCCGAGGUUCCAGAAUUCCCAUUACUCCAAGAUAAACUCAGUGAUAGAAACCCCAGUGACACAAUCAUGGAGAGGAAAUUGAGCAAAAAUACAUUCCAAUUGCCUUCAUGUCAGAUUAGCAAAAGCGCACGAGAAAUUCUAGAGUUAGUGAGAAGCAUUCUGGAUGAGGUGACGCGCAGUCCUGAGGCAUGCUCAGUGAGGCUGUACUACACAAGUAGAAACAUCUUCGAGAUGUACGCUGGAGCGGUCCCGGAGUACCACAAAAAAUUUCUAGAGACUAUUCCCCAACAGGUUGCCUUAUUCCACAAUAACUGCAUGUACUUUGCUCAUCACCUGAUGACACUGGGGCACGAGUACCACGACAAGAUUCCAACGCACUUGGAGAAGCAUAAUGUGACUUAUGUGGAUCUCACAUUGAAAUUACGAGCAGUUGGGGCUGAAUAUUUCAUGAAUCAUAUGAAGUAUCAGAGAAAUAUCAUUACGGAAAUUAUCAGGGACUCUGGACUAUCCCAACUAGGCCAGAGUUCGAAACUACCUCCAGGUACAGAGAGAGCCCUGCGGCAGUGCGUACGUCAACUAGAAUUACUGAAAACAGUAUGGUCAGAGGUACUCCCAGUGAAUACUUACUGCAAAGCUUUAGGAUGCAUCACGAAUUCAAUGAUCGAAGACUUGGUCCUGAAAGUGAUAACAGUAGAAGACAUUCCAGCAGCUGUGGCAACCGAACUCGUGGGAUUGUUCAAUAUAAUAGUGAAACGAGUGCCAGCAAUAUUUCCAGAUCCACAUGCAAUAAAUCGUAACGUGAGCAAAUGGCAGAAGCUGCUGGAACUCAUUAAAAUACUAGAGGCAUCACUCAGAGACAUUCAGGAUCGUUGGGCAGAUGGUAAAGGGCCCCUUGCUCAUGAAUUCACAUCGACCCAGGUGAAGCAGUUGAUAAGAGCUCUCUUCCAGAAUACUGAGAGAAGAGCAGCUCUCCUUGCCACCAUCAAAUAGCACUUGUUCAUAUUUAUUUUUUACCUGUGAAUGUAUUUAUCCUGUGAUCUCAUCGGGAAAUAAAAAAAUUAUUGCACAAUUG